AUGGCGUCGUCCAGGCCACCCUCUCCCCCUUUCGGCAAGGGCUAUUUCUCUGUCCCAUUUGAGCGCUUUGUACGCGACGAGUCCUUUGACUUAACAAGUGCCUUUACUCUCCUCGACACCGUCGAAACUUACUUCGACUCCCAUGUCGACCUCCUCCAGCGCAAACUCCAGAAACACAGCGAUAGGCUAAAGUUGAAGGCCGAGGAAACGUUCAAGAUCAAGGACCUCAAACUAAAGGAUCUCAAGAUAAAGGAUCUUUCUGGAGAUCUGUUGGCCGACAAUCUGGAGAGAGAAAUCAGAAAUUUCAAGCUCAAGCUGUCCACACGCGUUGCGUCUCUCUCAACAUCAUGGCAGUCGGCAAAGGUUGUCCGCACACGCGAAAAGGUUUCCUUUUUCAUCGGCGUCAUGACCCUCCUUGGUUCUGCUCUCAUGUUUGGCAUGGCCCCUCAAUGGGUUCACGUGGCUUAUACUGUCCUGGGACUCUACCUUCUGCCUCUUCGUUUCUAUCAAUACAAGAAACGCGCAUGGCACUAUUUUCUUUUCGACUUGUGUUAUUACGUCACGAUUCUUAAUUUCGUCUACUUUUGGCUUUUCCCGUCAAGCCCUGCACUCUUUGUGGCUUGCUACUGCCUGUCACACGGAUCGUUAGCGAGUGCUGUCAUAACGUGGCGUAAUAGUCUCGUCUUCCAUGACCAGGACAAAGUUACAUCACUUUUCAUCCAUAUCUAUGCACCAUUCUCCUUCACUGUGAUCAGGCAUUUCUAUCCAAACGCUGAAGCGCGCUUCCCGGCGCUUAAACGAGUUGGAGACCUGAACCCUUUGCAAGCCUUGAUACUCAGCGGCGCUAUUUAUGCUAUCUGGCAAAUACUGUAUUGGAAAUUCUUAUUGGUAGACCGACGUGCCAAGAUCGAAUCCGGACAACGAACAACUUCGUUCUCUUUCCUCCUAAACGAUAAACGAGGCGCAAUCGGGCGCAUGCUGUCUGCCGUACCUCCACCUUAUCGUGAAGCUUCGUUCAUGGGAGGCCAAUUUAUUUAUGCAAUCCUUACAGAAUUGCCGGCUGUAUUUCUGCUGUACCAUAGCUCCUUCUGGAGUGCGAUGUUCUUGCUUGCCAUCUUUUCUGUCAGUGUUUGGAAUGGUGGAGGAUUCUACAUUGAAGUCUUUGGACGGAAGUUUGAACGGGAACUGGAAGCGCUCAGAAAGGAAAUUGCCGAAAGUUCAGCGCGGUCGACUUCCGGGACGUCUGGUGCCUCUACGCCGGGGACCUUAAGCAGAGGGGCAAGCCAUACUGACCUUCUCUCUCUGAACCCGCAACUUGAGAACCUCGAUCUACUAGAACCCCCCUCUGAGUCCAGCUCAAAUUCCACCCCUUCGGUCGACGAAAGUAAGAAAGAUAUAUAA